AUGCCUAAGAACAAGGGAAAAGGUGGCAAGAACCGACGUAGGGGUAAGAACGAGAACGACAACGAGAAGCGCGAACUCGUCUUCAAAGAGGAGGGCCAAGAAUAUGCCCAAGUCGUCAAGAUGCUCGGAAACGGCCGUCUGGAAGCCCAGUGCUUCGACGGCGCUCGCCGUCUCGCCCAUAUCCGCGGCAAGCUCAGGAAGAAGGUCUGGAUCAACCAGGGUGACAUCAUCCUCCUGUCGCUGCGAGACUACCAGGAUGAGAAGGGCGAUGUGAUCAUGAAGUAUUCUGCCUACGGCGAACUCCCCGAGAACGCAAAGAUCAACGAGACCGACACGUACGGCGACCAGGGCGACGAGGGCAUCGGCUUCGAGUUCGACGAGGACCGCGACGACAGUGACUCGGACGAGGCUGACGGCACCGGCAAGAAAGACAUUGAUAUCGACGAUAUCUAG